AUGGCUCAUGCACGAGAUGAUCCCCACCUGGGCGCCGGCCCAUCCGAGGAUUCUGAACUCUCUGAGAAUGAGUCAGAAACGGCGAGCUUGGUGUCGGAGGACUCUAUCAUGCCAGACUAUGAGAUGGAGCGGGGUGGAGGGGGCACCACCUUUACGCUGUACGAGGCCUGUAACAGGAACGAGGCGCUAACGUUACGGAGGGUCCUGGAGAGGGGGGUUACUAAGGAAGAGGUUAUGGAGCUGGACAUCAAUGGCAGGGUAAGGACUAUGUCAUGUUUCCCUCUGGUGGUCCUGGGUUCAAUAAGUAUUUGAUUACUUUCAAAUACUUGAAGCGUUUGCUCGAGUAUUCCAAGAAAACCUUAUGGCCUCAGAUGUUGUACCUUAGACUAGAGCCGUGUUUCUCAACCUUUGGCCUGCGGACUGGCAAUGAUCCCUGGGAUGAUAGAGACUGAUCCUUGAGAUGGUUGGCUGACACUUUUUUUGUCAGUUACUCAAGUGUUAGUUUUAAUGUAAAAGGUCCCACAAGAAGGAAGAGCAAAAGCUUGCCAGUUCCUGGUACAUAAAAGGUUGAGAAACACUGCAUUAGAGCAUAUUGAAUGAUCACAUUUCUGCGUUCUGCUUUGUAUCCAUGUCAGAAUGGCCUGAUGCUUGCAGUCUCCAGAGGCUAUGUGGACAUCGUCUAUGGUCUACACACAUGUCCACUGAUCGAUAUUAACCAUCAGGACAACGAAGGCAACACAGCACUGAUGAUCGCUGCCCAGGCCGGUAAGCAUUGCAAUAUUAUGGUGGCUAGCUUUGGUGAGCAUAUCAUAUCAUAGCAUAUCAUAUCAAUAGAAGCACCUAUUUCAUGGUCUGGUAGGGAUCACAUAAUUAUACUCAGGGGUGUAACUGGAGAAAAUAAAUCACUCAAGGAACUUUAUCACAGUCAUCGGCCAUUCAGCUACAAAACGUGUUAAAAUGUUCCCCAGAAGAUUCCCACCCAAUUCCACCUGUGAUAACAACUAUGGCAACUCAAAACUUCCUAAUAACAGCCCCUCUCUCCACCCAGGCUACGUCUCCAUCCUGAACUUCAUCCUGAACUACUACCCUAAGGUAGACCUGGAGGUGAGGGACAUCCGGGGCUUCACUGCCCUCAUCAAGGCAGCCAUACAGGGCAGGGUAGACUGUGUGUCUUCCCUCCUCAUGGCCGGUAAGUGGCUAAAGACAGUCAAAUCAAGAAUUGGAGUAGUCCUUGAACAAAAGUCUUUGAGUGCAGGAAGGACUUCUAAAGACUAUUUCCAUGGGUUUUUCUUUUCCACGUGGCGUAAAACCUCACUCUCCAUACUGACAACUUCCUAACUGAUAUCUUAUGUAUAUUCUCGAAUCAGUAGAGGCACAGUUACUCUGGUGAAAUGGGUUAUCAACUUAUCAUCAUGGAACUAGAAUGACUAUUGUAUUAUUCAUUAUGUUUCUAUGGUUACCGUGAAUGUGUUACGAAAAAAGAAAAAGUAGAACACUAUAUAGGGAAUAGGGUGCCAUUUCAGACAUACACCAAGUGUAUGAUUAUGACAGCCAUUUUGGUGGAGAAGGAUGAUGACGCACAUCUAUCUGAGUUUAAGGGGAAUAUCUUAGGACAUGGUUUUAUUUUCUGAUCUUCUUGUCUAAUCUGGGACUAGCCGCUUUGGGUUACAGGCUGGAUUAUCUUGGUGUUUACCAGGACUGAUAUAGACAUGGCUCUGGUAACACCUACUACUGGUUCAUAAGUCAAGACAGGUCAACAUCAAGUCACCCUAUUACCUAUUCUUAUCUGUACCACAGGAGGCUGCUGGGUGGAGGACGGCUCAUAAUAAUGGCUGGAAUGGAGUUAAUGGAAUGGUAUUAAACACAUGGAAACCAUGGAAACCAUGUGUUUGAUGUGUUUGAUACCAUUUCCUUUAUUCCGUUCCAGCCAUUAUAAUGAGCCCGUCCUCCCCAAUUAAGGUGCCAACGGCCGCCUGUGAUCUGUAGACACAAAAACAGCUUUGGGUAUGGUGUUAUUUGUGUUACGUCCACAUGCCUUAUAAUGCGUUCCUCUUCAGCUGAAUAAAUGCUUGAGGACAGUCCUCUGAAAUAGACACUAGUGUGAGUCCGUCUCGAUCCAAUAAUGCACCCAAUUAAAUAAUUAAGAGCUAAAUAUUGUUUCAACUGCUGAUUGCCCCUUUAAUUGAAAGCCUUGAUUCUCCUGCUUCAAACUGAAGAUGUUCAUAAACACAUACUGUCUCAUUAUUAGCCAAUCAAAUAGCGACAGUUCUCCUUUCUGUAGCCGCCGGGCUAUUCAAUUCCGGUCCUGGCGGGCUGAAACAUUUCUGGUUUUUAUUACUACCUGGUAGUUAAUUGCAAUCACCUGGUGUCCCAGGUCUGAAUUGGUCCCUGAUUAGAAGGAGGUGAAAAAACGGAAGUGUUUGGACCCUCCAGAACCAGAAUUGAAAAGCCCACCUCAUAGUGUGUUGCUGUCUAUGUUUAGAUCCUCUAUACCCCUUCACAUAGUAGGGCAAUGAAGCUGUCAGAGUACAUGCCUCACACAUUACAUUUAAAAAAUCUAAUCUUGAUCAGUUUCCCUCAUUUCUUUAGUGUCUAACCUUGUUGUCUAGCUCCUGUGAUCAUUUUGGAUGCGUUCAUUUUUCUCUGUCUCCCUUCCUAUCCCCAUGUCCAGGUGCGGAUAUCAAUGUAGUGGAUGAGGUCAGAGGGAAAGGCAUCACGGACUGGGCCCUGAAGACGGGUCGCUUCGAGGUCCUGCAGCGUCUCCGUGUCCUCCAGGCGCACCCCAUUGCUGAGCAGUUCUGCGACAGCUACGUGAUUGAGUGGCCCGAGCUGAAGGAGCUGGUUGCCAAAGGUUAGAGAGGCAGGCCAGCAACCGGAGGGAUGCCGGUUCCAAUCCCUGCCCCGGCUGGGAAAAAUCUGGUGGGGAGUGGUCCGGUAACCUGCUGUUGUAACCUAUAACCUGCUCCAGGGGUGCUGCACUGCUGCUGACCCAUUUAUCCAACCUCUCCAUUGGGCAUGCAUAAGCUAUGUGUGUUUCUCUGUAGUGUGUCACUGUGACACAUCUGAAUCAAACUUUAUUGCAAUGCAACAGAUGUUACUAGGUGUUCUACAUAGUAGUAAAAUAAAUGUUGUACAUAGAAGUAAUCUUCUAUCUUCUAUCUUCUUCUAAAGCCAUGAGCCCCAAAACACUGACCCAACGUCUGAAGGACAGCCUGACCAUUAGCUUACCCAACGACCCUCAGGACAACGGAGUGAUGGACCACCUGGUGAGGAUGACCACAUCCAUCCACAGCCCUCUAGUCUCCACGGGCUGCCGGCCCCUCUGCCCCACAAGCCCCCCCGAGGUUGGGAAGCGCCGCCUGGCUGUGCCGGAGCUGAUGGAGAAGCACAGCAGCAAGGACCUGGAGGAAAGCUCUGUGUGUCAUAGUAACGGUGUGAAAUGUUCCUUCACGCCUGCGCCAGCGUCAUCGAGCUCCUUCUCGCUCACCAACUGCUGCUCGAACACGGAGCGGAGGGAUAGUGGUCUCUCGACGGCUGCUAAUGGCUUACGGAACUUCCUCCCUCGUUCCAUGACCCACCAGAACUCCGUAUUCCCGUCCGGUUGCAUCCCCAAGAUCACCUUCACUAAGUCUCUGGACAAAACACCUAAGAAGGCGAAGAAGGUGAAGAGGCACAAGGGCCACCUGGAGCCUCCGGUCUGGAAGUACAAGUCGGAGAAGGAGGAGAAGAAAAAGGAAAAGCAGAAGUUGGAGGAAGAGAAGGAAGCGCAAGAGAAGGCACUUAAGAAAGUUAAGAAGAAGGCAGCCAAGGCGGCAGCCAAGGCAAAGGAGCCCGCCAAGGCAAGUUAA